UGCACCCUUCCAUUUUCUUUCCCUUAUUCAGUAUCCUCUUUCCAAAAAAAUUAAAAAUUAAAAAAAAAUGAAUCCUUCUACCAUAGUCAUGACAAAGGAACUGCCCGCUGGAUCGUCACGAUCCGGCGGUGAACAGUUACAAAAUAAUCCCGCACCAUUGAGUCGGUACGAGUCACAAAAAAGGCGAGACUGGAACACUUUUGGUCAGUACUUGAAAAAUCAAAGACCACCCGUUUCGUUAUCACUGUGUAAUUGCAAUCAUGUUCUAGAAUUCCUUCGGUACCUAGACCAGUUCGGGAAGACUAAGGUUCACUUGCACGGAUGCGUGUUUUUCGGACAACCUGAUCCACCAGCACCUUGUACUUGUCCUUUAAGGCAAGCUUGGGGUAGCCUUGAUGCUUUAAUAGGGAGGCUUAGAGCUGCUUACGAAGAACACGGAGGGCCACCGGAGAAUAAUCCGUUUGGAAAUGGCGCGAUUCGCCUUUAUUUGAGAGAGGUAAAAGAGUGUCAAGCUAAGGCAAGAGGGAUUCCUUACAAGAAGAAGAAGAAAAGGAAGAUCAAUAAUAAUUCAAUUAAGUCCAUUGGUGCUGGUGCUAGUGCGGGUGCUGAUCAACACAAGAAUUUGAUGCAAGCAAGCUAAAUCGAUCAUAUGGAUAUAUAGGGUGGUCACAUGAAUUGGAUAUAUCUUAAGUAGAUAUAUAGAAGAUGAUGCUGCCUGCCACAAGACAAAUAUGUACCUCAAUAUACUAGCUAUCUAGCUAGUUAAGUUUUCUUAUUAAGUUAUUAUUAUUAUAUUAUAUAUAUACAUACUGAAGUCUUAGUCUUUAAUAACUUAGUUAGAUAAUCAGUUUCUUUCAAUCAAAUAACUUCUUUUGGAAAUUUGUUAAAGGGAUUUCUCCUCUGCUGUAAAUUAAAUUACUUCUCAGCUAUUUUUAUAAAUAUACUUUGCAUCAA